CUCCACUCACACACUCUCCCCUUUCACCCCCAAAAAUGGAUCCCAAUUUCGCCGCCGGUUUCCGCCACCGCCGCUCCCCCUCCUCCGACCGAUUCCUCUCCGUCUUCUCCCCUCCUUCCCCCGCCCCCGCCUCUGAUGGAUCAUUCGCCUCCGCCGCCGGCGACGAGCUCAGCGAGCUCGACGUCUUCUACACCGCCGACUUCUCCGACGAGCAACGGAUCAGCUACUCCGGCGCCUCCGAUCGCCGCCAGACUGAGAGGUUCGGGAUCCUCGCCGCGCUGCAGGAGGAUCGCCGCGGAAUCAGCGACGCCGUGGUGCAGAAGCCGGCGCUGUGGUCUCCGACUCCGGCGUCGAUCUCGCGCGAUAUUCCGGCGAUUCCGAAGCGGCGGAUGUCGGCCGAGCCGAAGAUCUCGCAGUCGAUGCCGGUGCGGCGGUUCCAGAAAUCGGCGCCGGUGAAUGUUCCGAUGAAGCAGCGGAAGGCGUCGGCGGCGUUCGAGGACGAGGCAGGGGAGGAGGAGGAGGUGCUGCCGCCGCAUGAGAUGGUGGCGCGUGUGUCGCUGAGGAAUGAGAAGACGACGUUUUCGGUGCUGGAAGGCGUGGGAAGGACGCUCAAGGGGAGAGAUCUGCGGCAGGUGCGCAAUGCUGUGUGGCGGCAAACAGGAACGUGGGUACGUGAAAGUAGAUGGCGAUUCUUUAAUGGGAAAAAAGAGCGAAUUAAAUUGAGGUGAAUUUGUCUACUUCGUCAAUGACUGACCAACCAAAUACAACGAUGGCAAUAAAUAUUUAUAAAUGAGAAUUGGAAUUUUCCAAUUUUACGAUGUUUCCGAA